AUGACCCUAGUCUCAAAUGAUCCCAGUUGGUGGCCGCUCAUCAAUGGGACUCUUAUUUCCAGCUAUUUCAUAGUUGCUGCCUCUGCUGCGGUGAUGUACGAUUGGGCGCUGACGUUCGCACAAGAGGUCGAACUGGUCUGGAGGCAACGCUGGUCCCUGAUGACCAUUCUGUAUCUCUGUGGGCGCUAUCUUGGAAUAAUAUAUGCUGUCGUCAUCAUGUUAGGUGUGUCUCCCGAGAUUCGCCGUCCGGCGUUCCAACAAUCCCAGAGACAGAGACAGGGUGAGCGAGGUUCGUCGCCAGCUCAUUGGGGUCAAUAUAAUGACCACCACAGCUGCUUUAUCACGUACCUCAUAUCUGAUUGGAUGGGUGUGGUCGUAGAGGUAUCACUUGGCGUGAUCAUGAUCACUCGGUUACAUGCUAUGUAUCAGCGAUCGAGAAAGGUGCUGAUACUUGUCGUUGUCAUCUUCCUGUCUGUCAACAUUACCUGUGGAGUGAUCGUCGCAAUAACAAUGAGGUAUACCUCAGUGGAGGAGCUCAUUCUCUCCGGCACCUACCAGUGUAUUAUUCACUUCGAGGGAAAUGCAAUUCUGCAUUCCAUGCCAUGGAUACUCGGCACCGUAUGGGAGGUCCUCGCACUGUGUCUCGCAGUCUGUAUUGCCCUAAAACACUUCCGUGAACUACGUCGACAGUCAUCAGGAGGUAUUAUGGGGGACCUUUUCACGGUGUUAAUGAAAACCCACGUAGUUUACUUUGCAAGCUUUGUUGCUGUUUCUUGCUUCCAGCUCAGUUUGUUAUUCCCAACGAUCUCAGCGAACCCCUAUUCACUGGAAGCUCAGAUUUAUACUGGGGUUUCUCAAGUUUUCAUGUUCGUGCAGAUGUUCGUGUUGGGACCGCGUCUGAUCCUUGGCGUUCGAGAAUAUCACGCUAAGAUUGUGGCUGACUCUGAUGCAGCCACCGCCAUGACUUCAAUUGUUUUCCAGCAACGUGUCCAUGUAUCAACUAGCAGUAGUGUGUAACACGGGAGAUGCUUGAUGUGAUUGACACUCGUCUGGUAUUCUGCUGGGAGCGGGAGAACAUUUUUAUGUCCCAAAUUUCGUUGCGUCAUUAAUUAAGCUAUUUAGUGUUCCGGAGGCUACUCAUUUGAUGUUCUGACGCUCACAUAUAGUUGAAGAUAGA